UUUUAUGGGCAACCACCGACACGACCUUCUUUGUUAAAAAUCCAAAAUAGAUCCACCGGCGAUAGUACUGUAAUCGAUGAUGACUUAGAUAUUCAAUCUUCAAGUAAAAUAUGGAAUGUUUCAGUACCAGAAGGCAUUUAUUUUUUGUCCAUAACUAGUGGUACAAGUGAAGGCAUUUCCGGUGAUUUUAUCAUUUCAAAAGACAAAAAUUCACAAG